AUGUCCACCGGAACCGACACCCCUUGCCGCCCGGGCCAGUCCCCCCGGACCAACGCAGCAGUGGCCCUCCUGAUCGAGGUCGCCGCGCUGAGCCUGGACGAGGACAAAAAGUCAGCCGAGCCGAGACCGAAAGGGCCCAAGAUCAGCAGCGCCUCCCUCAUGGCCAUCAACUGCGCGUGGGAGGAGACGUCGUACGUCGGGACCGUCGGCCGCUGGAUCCGGCGGACGUGCGCGCCCGACGCCCCGCCGCCCAGGAUCGUCUGCACCAUCUGUGGGGACGAGAUGGAGCCCGGCUGGAGCGCCGGGGAGCUGCACUCCCGCCGCACGGAACAUCCCGGGAGCGUGUUGCCGUGCAUGCACGUCGUCGGCACCGAGUGUUGGGUGAAGCUGAUCACGGAGCAAGGUACGCUGGACUGUCCUGUCUGCGGGGAGGAUAUCGACCUUGACGAGGGCCCCGGCGCCGUCGCUCACCUUUUCAUCUUCGCCAUCAUUUCCUCGGCCAUCGCCAGCGUCCACGCCGCUAGUGGCUUUGCAAGGACGUGCACCAUCGGCAAAACCACCGUGAACAGCUUGAUCAUGACAUCGUUUUGUGCCAAAACAGGCGGCCCAUUGGCUCGCAGCAGAACCACGCUCAACAUCGACUGCGGGAAGGGAGGGUAA